AUGCGAGGGCUAGUUCAUGGCGUAAAUGGAGGAUUACUGGCCAUGGUGGCUAUUAUCAUGGGCGUCGGCACCAUGGUCACCGAUCGGAUGUCGGUCAUGAAUGCCAGCUUAUCAAGCUUCGUCGGAGGAGCUCUGGCGCCGGCUAUCAGGGAACUCCUGAAGGCCUACUCGAAUAGAGUCACAAUGAUGGCUCUACGCGAGAUCCACCUGCCUAGAGACAAGGAAGAGAUGGUCGAUCUCAGUGGAGCUCGACGGCCUCCGACUCCAGCAACCGACGGGUUGCCACGCCCUUGGCUAGUAGGAACUCUGCUGGGUAUAUGCUUUGCUAUCGGAGCCAUCUGCCUAUUGUUAUCGACGCAUCUGAUUUGA